GAUGAAACUACCAUCACCCUGGCCUGUAUAGAUGAGAACCUGGACAUGGUGAAGUUCCUUGUAGAAAAUGGAGCCAAUGUGAACCAGCAAGAUAAUGAGGGCUGGACCCCUCUUCACGCAGUGGCAUCGUGUGGCUAUCUGAACAUAGCAGAGUACUUAAUUAGUCAUGGAGCCAAUGUGGCUGCUGUGAACAGCGAAGGUGAAGUCCCAUCUGACAUCGCAGAGGAGGCAGCCAUGAAGGACCUGCUUCUGGAACAAGUAAAGAAACAAGGUGUAGACCUAGACCUGGCACGAAAAGAAGAGGAGCAGCAAAUGCUACAGGAUGCCCGACAGUGGCUGAACAGUGGGAGAAUUGAAGAUAUAAAGCAGCCUCGAACAGGAGCCACGGCUCUUCAUGUUGCUGCAGCAAAGGGCUAUUCUGAAGUCAUGAGGCUCUUGAUCCAGGCUGGGUUUAAUUUGAACGUCCAGGACAAUGAUGGCUGGACUCCACUCCAUGCUGCUGCGCACUGGGGGGUGAAGGAAGCUUGCUCCAUCCUGGCUGAGGCACUGUGUGAUAUGGACAUCAGGAACAAGCUGGGCCAGACGCCAUUUGACGUGGCUGAUGAGGGACUAGUUGAGCAUUUAGAAAUGCUCCAGAAGAAACAGACUGUGUUGCGAAGUGAGAAGGAGACGAGGAAUAAGCUAAUUGAAGCUGACAUGAACGGCAAGCCUCAAAGUGGACUCUUCACCAACAAAGAGAAGAUUCUUUAUGAGGAAGACACGCUGAAGUCCAUGGAGAUAGAGGAAGAGACCAAGGACUCUAGCAGUUCUAGUUCUGAAGAAGAGGAAGAAGCUGAAGAAGAUGAAGUUUCAGAAUCAGAUGCUGAAAAGGAGUCAGAAAGGAAGGAAGAGCCCUUUGCCAACCACUCCAGCCAUGAAACCAGGCCUAGCACCACUGAGCAAAUACCACCACCCGAGCCCAACUCCUUCACUGCAUCUGCCAGAAGAUUCAGUUGGCUCAGCAAGUCAGACGAGCAGAAGGAUGAGUCACCUUCAUCGUGGCGGCUGGGACUACGGAAGACUGGCAGUCACAACAUGUUGAGUGAAGUCGCUGCUACUCGUGAGGCGCAGAGAGAUAAGACUUCUAUCUACCGCUCUUCAUCAAGUCCUCGGAUAUCUGCGUUAUUAGACAACAAAGAAAAGGAUAAAGACAACAAGAGCUAUCUUGCCACAAUAGCCCCAAGAAGACUAAGCAGUACAAGCGAUAUAGAAGAAAAAGAAAACAGAGAAUCAGCUGUUAACCUAGUGCGCAGCGGCUCUUACACCCGGCAGCCGUGGAGGGAUGAAUCAAAGGGAAACGAAGCUCCCCAUUCUGGUGCACCUACUACCUACGUAUCUACCUACUUGAAAAGUGCUUCAUUUGGUAGAAGUAGUGACCUCAGCAGUCCCUACAUUUCAGCCAGUCGCAAUACAUCUCUAGCUACCUCACCCACUACCAUUGGUUCAUCUACCUCAUUGGGCACCCCGUGGCAACCUGUCUCUUCCUGUCCCACAUCUCUCGGUGCGAACACUACUGCAUCAGCCCGCCAGUAUACCAGAGCCCCUUUCAGGCAACAAACUGAUUCUGCUGUAGAGAAAAGUACAGAGGGCAUCUCUGCUAGCACCCCCCUAGGUGUAAUCACAAAUCGUGCUAUACUCGGCUCUGCUAAUGGUAUUGCGAAUGCUGGUGCUGCCUCAACUACAGGAAAGGACUUCUCAGCUGAGGAAGCCAGGGAGCGCAGAAGGUCAUAUCUGACUCCAGUGCGGGAUGAGGAAGCAGAAUCACUGAGGAAGGCACGAUCCAGGCAGGCCAGGCAGACUCGCAGGUCUACACAGGGUGUGACACUGACAGACCUUCAGGAGGCAGAGAGGACCUUCAGCCGCUCUCGGGCAGAGCGACAAGCUCAGGAACAGCCGAGCGAGAAAGCGGAGAGCACUGAGCCCACUGAGGACAGCAGCGAGAGGCAGGAGACCCGGUCACGGUGGAGCAGAAAUACAGAUGAGGAGAGUGUCUAUCGGCGAUUAAGGUGCCCAGUACAACCAGACAAACCUACAACACCUGUAUCUCCUUCGACGUCAGCACCUCUCCUUUAUACAAGUUCAUACCUGACUCGAACAAAUAAGUAUCUAGGUCUUGACUCUGUGAAUCCAGCAGAUUUCAGAGGUGUGGCCACAGAAAUGGAGAAAAAUGAGUGUGAAGAUCAGGAUUUAGACGACAGAUCUCCAAACAAACAGUCGAUCCGAGAGAGGCGGCGGCCGAAGGAGAGGCGAAGAGGCACUGGCAUAAUUUUCUCCACAAAAGAUAAUGAUGAUGAAGUUGAUGGAAAUGAGGAAGGGAAGGAAACUCGGCAUGAAAGACUUUCCAGGUUGGAAGCAGCUACAAACCCUACCACCAGUGACUCCUCCUACAGCGAUCGUGCCUCCAGCCGCUCCAGUGCCUACACCCGGAGAGAGAACCGGUUAGCUGCCCUCAGCAGCAGAGCAGAAGAGGAGAGUAACAGAGACUAUAAAAAAUUGUAUGAAAGCGCCCUGUCUGAAAAUCAAAAGCUGAAGUCAAAACUGCAAGAAGCCCAGCUUGAGUUGGCCGACAUCAAAUCAAAGUUGGAAAAAGCAGCCCAGCAGAAACAGGAGAAAACUUCUGACCGGUCCAGCAUGCUGGAGAUGGAGAAAAGGGAGAAGCGAGCUCUGGAGCGGAAACUCUCUGAAAUGGAAGAGGAGAUGAAGAAUCUCCACCAGCUCAAACAGAUUCACACUCUGAGGCAGAUGAAUGAGCAACUGCUGGCUGAAAACAGGGCUCUGACCCGGGUCGUAGCCAGGCUUUCUCUGCCUGCCAAGCCCUCCGAAUCAGAGGAGCUGUAGCUGCUUUCCCUCCGGCUCAUCUCGCCUCCCUCUUCCACUCUUCCAGGCAGGUCUCCGCUCCCUUGGCUGGGCUGUUCCCCCUCGCCUCGUUGCUCUUGAGGGUAUCUGAUGAAGCUUGUGGCUCAAAAGCAGCAUGUGGCAAAGGAUUCUCCAGAAACCAAAAGCAUGGUGUUACUGCCCGGCUGAAGCAGGGUUUCUCUGGAAGCUCUGUUCAGUCCUGCUGACUUUUGCUCUGCUUGGCAGAUGAUCCUGAUCUCACCGUUUCACUAACCCGCCACGUUGGGGGCUUGCCUUGUCCUCUGGAUGGGGCCUGUGUCUCCUGUCAUCCAGGAGACGAACAGGAGGGUGGGCUCCUGCCUUCAUGUGGGAACGCAGACUUGGGUGGGGGCCACUGAGGUGGCUACUGAGGAGUGAUGGAUCAGCUGCUUCGCUGUGGCUUAGCACUGACUUUGGAGGAGCUUGUCAGUGCCAACAGGUCAGCCAGCAGCCCCUUCCCCCCCCGCCUUACCUCCGAAUAGGUGUUUGUGCUGUGUCUGCUCAUUAUGCAAUUCUUUUUUUAAUUGGACUUAGUGCAGUGAGAAGCUGGCACCCAGCAGGUAAGAUUAUCCAAAGUCAGAAUGAACAAUAUAAUAAAUUUCUAGGGUUGUUAUGAAAAGAGCACAUUUUAAACACGAAAGUGAUUUUUAGAAAACCUACAACUGGGCAGUCCUCAGCAGGUUUUCUUGGUCACUUGAGCAAAGAGAACAAGCUCUUUCCCUCAUUUUAAACAGAUUUUUGAGUCUGAGUUCACAGACUGCAGCAUCCCCUCUGCCUCCUGCGGUCUGGCUACAAGGCAGGGGAAGCAAUAGGAGCUGGACCAGGUGUGCUUUCUUUUUUCAUCUUCUGUUUUAAAUUCAGUGCAGAGCAAUUAGUUUGAAAUCCAAGGACAAGCCUUCCGUAAGCUUUGCCCUCACACAUCACACAGUUAAAUUACAUCCUUUCUUGCUACUUCAUUGGUUCAGUGCUAAAAUAAAGCUGUAAAUGCUUCUUUCUUAGGGCCCUACCUGUCUUUUGCAGGUUAGUAGGGAUAUUCAGAUCCCUUCAGACAUAGCUAUUUUUUUAAAAAAAGGAAGAAGCAGUAUGCUCUCGUGGGCUGGAAGUGACACUAAGGUAUAAAAAAAAAGAAUCUAUUCUUAGCACACAAAUUAUAUCAAGGAUGAUUAACCGUAGAAACAAACUAACCAGGGGAAUUGUUGCUUCCCCUUUCCAGGAGUCUCAGUUCAAGACCACACGUGUAUCACAGGGUCUGAGAGAGGCGGUGUUUUGUGUUACAUGGCCUGAAUUGUGCAGCUGGUCAGAUGAAAUGAUCUCACCAUCUUUCUGGUUUAAAUCUGUGAAAGUAUUCUGGAACCUGUCACUAACUCAUUCCUUCUCACAAGCAGUGAGGUUAAGUCAUUCUCCAUCCCAGUGUGCUUUGAGAUCUGAGAGGGAAAAUUGAGCAAAACUGUUUCCAGACUCAGAGAAAUAAUGUUUCACAAACUGUAAGUCACUGGUCUCUCUUCUCCUAGGAAACUCCCCCUGCUAACACCCAUCUGCUCUGACAUACCUUGUCCCUCGUGCAGGCUGGCUGAGACAUGAGCGAACUGAUCCUUCCCAGCUUGCUUACAGGUUUGCAACUCACUGCUGGUGUCUGAGCUGGAGAAGAGCCUCGUGUCUGCAAGUUCUGCUGAUUUUUUUUCAACUCUUUUAGUAGGUCUAACACAGGAUGUUGCUGGUACCUGUAAACCUUGUCUCACCAGUGUCUGUAAACAUCACAGCUAUACAGUAAUGUCACUGUUUUAAACUCUGACAGAUUUACCAUGCUCUUGCAGCAGUGGUGCUUUCCAAAGAAUCUAAUUUUCCAAAAUCCACGUAAUUUCUGAAGUGCCCCCUUCUCCAGUGUCACAGGUAAUGCAGAGUACCACUGCUCAGACCAGCCUCUGGCCCAAAACUCACUUUAUGCCGACGCUGCAUCAUGGUCAGCUCUGCUGUCUGCUGCAGGCUGUGCUGCAUCCCUCAUUCCCUCCUUGCCAUUUCCAAUGAGACAUUUAUAAAGCUUCCGUUUUCAGGCACCUGCAUUACCAGCCUGCUUUACGUGCAGUUUGUUUUACUUGACUUGAGUCUGCUUUGCUUCAGAGGGAGGAAUGCCCUUGACCUGGGAGGAAGGAAGUUUUGUAAGGUUGAUUUUUCAGAAAGCUGCACUGGAAACUGAUGUAGUGGGACUACAGCUGGAAAACUUUUCAAGAAGAACUUGCUUUACAUGUACUUAUAUGCUCCUUCCUUUUCAAAUAAAUCACCAAAGUUGCACUGAAGCAUGUGUGUAAAGCAUAGCCACCGUCAGAGCUUCCAGCAAGCUGUAGAACUGGGAUAGUUGUUCUCUGAUGUUGCUUCUGGGAACCUCUUGACAGAUUAUCUCUAUCAAAGCAAGUGGCAGAACUUUGUAUCACUACCUUGCUGCAGUGAUGGACACACUCAAGGCUGCAUGGCCACCCCAAGCAGUGAUGUGGAGGCCAGGGACUGUCCAUCUGCAGCCCCCCAGUAGGUGGUUGGACUGUCACAGGGCGCUGACUGAAGGCACUGUGCUGUGUCGUGGGUGUCAGGUGAAGCUCAGGAGGAAACGGAGGGGUGCAGAGUGAGACAAGCAGCACUCUCCCCAUUCCUCUGGGCUCCUGAGCGCUUUGGUGAUGUGUGAUGCCUCUUAUUUGGCUGCAAGAAAUUGCACAGGGACUCACCACUGCUGUUGUGGAGGCAGCUUGUGCUGGAGAUAUGCCUGCCGCACCAGCACUGUGCCCAGCCACACGCUUUAAGCUGAAUCUCUGGCCAGCCCAUCACAUAGUUUCCCCUUUCCCCAGUAUCCCACCAUGGUUCACUUUCCCCCUCCUCUCUCUCCUGCAAAACCUCCCGUCUGGAGCAUCCAGUGCCAGUGGGGACGGGGUUGGGGGUGCUGGGGCCAGGGGCCAGGCAGGGCUUAGCCUGGCUGUGGGAGGAGGGAGUCACUGCAGCAGGAGCAGCGGGAGCUGGUGUCUGCCCCGGGAGCUGUCUGCUGGGCAUGGGGGGCUGCAGGUGAGAGGAAUGGGCUGGAGGUUGUGGUCAGAGCUGAAACUCCAGCACAGGAGGAAGGAGGAGGUUCAGUGGGGAUUCUGAAUCUGGGGGAAUUCCUGAAAGAUCGACCUUGCAGAGAGAAGUUACCACUGCUGUUUGUGCCUGCUGUUAGCUGGCUGAACAGGAGCCAGCAGUGUGCCCAGGGGGCCAAGA